CUCCAGCACAACAGGCGCGAAAACAUGCUCUUCGACUUGUUGCACGUUCUACCUACCGCCAUUCGUUCCUCUGAUAUCCAGGAACCUACCGCAGUUCUGCUUUCGGAAGCCGUGCUCUCUUGCAUCACGAAGCUACGGGAAGAUCGACGUCACCAAGUUAUGCUUCAAUCCGCCGGCGGGGACACUGAUGUGGGCUCUUUACCUGCAGAGAGACUGUAUGCCCUUCUUCGCAGCAUCCUUGACUGCAUCCUGGACAACAACCGUUCCGAAUUGGUCCGCGGGAACCUAUAUGCCUCGUUGAUCAAUUACUUCCACCUUAUCGGAGGGAGUGAUCAGAGACCUUCGGGAGAGGCGUCAUUGGAGACAUUCGGAUCACACUCAUCAUCAAUGUCGAUGUCAAUGUCAAUGUCCCUCUCCGUUCUCUCUUCGCGCGACGAUCUGUCCCUAAAUGAAUCUCGAUCUAUUCGUGGGACGCCAACGCCUGCAAUGAAUGCCUCGGCGCUAGAGCAGGGUACGCUAGCUGCGUUGAAAAGUGUGCUGGAGAGGCUUGUCACAAUCGUAUCUCGGGACGCUAUCGAUGGCACCGAAGUUCGGAAGACUGUCGCUUUCAUGCUGCUAGACUCCCUCACUCAACUAUGCCGCUCGGACAAGUCCUGCAUGCUCCUCACGUCUUUGGUUCGCUAUGGAAUUUUGUCGAACUUUGUUCAGGGACUGAAGGAAGCGGAGUCUCAAAUGCAGUAUGUGCUAAAACCAGACCCA